AUGUUCGUUUCAUCUGAUCGGAGAGGUUAUCAUGAACACGUUCUUGUGGAUGUCGAUAUCGGUGUUCACGUCCCGCUUCCGGACACAUCAUUCUUUUGUACCACCUCAUUGCCAUUGGGACAUUUUCGAUUCUGUAUUAUUAUUGAUAGUUCGCGUAUCCCCACGAUUGUAGUCGCGUCCGCGGCCCGUUCGGCUGAUUGGAUUAUUUUUUGUCGUGGUGCCCUGGCUGAUCAAUAUUUGCAAAUUGCUGCUCGGUGUUCAGGGGCAUCGCGUCACUUUUGGUUGCUUCGAGAACUACUGGCUGAGGCGCAACCGCUUGUUAGUGUGGUGGUUCCAAACGGUUGUGCAGCUAAUUGUCAUCGUGCAGCUGUGGAGGGAAGGUAUGUCUGUCAGGUUUCGUUCUGUGGCGUCUAUGUAUUGGCUUCUUGUGGCGCGCUGUUGUGGAUACAGAUGUUGUUUCUGGCCAGCCCGUUCACCACCAUCGGCACACGAUGUCCUCCCAUUGUAAGCGCAUGGGGCAACAUGGCGUUUUUUGUCUUGGUGAGCGCGUUCCUAUUUGUGGCUUCGACCCAGGCUUCAUACGCUUUGACUAAGAUGCCGCUGGUUACCAUUUUGAUCGACACCUGCCUAAUGGGAUUCAUCGGCGAGAUGAAGCCUCAUCUUUUCAUUUCGACGGAGUUGGACUUAGACGCCAACCCGAAUGCCAUCAGUGAGUUGGAUUCGACGGAGGUCUCGCAAAUAGGCUUCGGUUACCUCGUACUCCUGGUAUCGAGUUUCAUGGUGUCCAUGGCGAACAUUGUUAUCCAGGUGAUGGGGGACGCAUACAAUAGAAACAAGGACAUGGUGCACAUCAUUAGGCUGACGCGGGCCCGCGCCGAAGAGAGCCUCAUCACCAUGCUGUGGCUGGCUGGCGUGGCCUCGCUGCUGCCGCGGUGGUGCUGCCAUCUCGGCCCGCAGGACCGGCGGGAGUUUGUCUGGUUCACGCGAGGAGAGCAGCGCGAGCCACGGGAGCUCACGCCGCAGGAGCUGGCAGCGAAGAUUGAUCACAUCGACAGGUUGAUGACCGAGAUCUAA